UUUUUUUUUUUAUCUUUAUGAAAUGAAUUUGUACAACGCGGACGCGGUUGAUUUUUUACCUCGUUAUUUCGUAGGUCCCACGAUGACAGCGAAUCUUGCCAAGGGAGUUGGAAGGCUUGUAUGCACGAACAUACUGGACAACGACGUUACCGAAAUUUCCAACACCGUUCGUCUUAUCUGUGGCCCUCCCGCGCUUUCGGGUGAGCCGUAGGCCCCACUGCGUUCAUCAAUUUCGACCCCGAGACCGACAACUUGGCACAACAUCACAAUGAGCACAUUCGGCGGCAGGAUCCGCGAAUACAAGCGGAUCUCGAUCGACCGCUUCGACGGCAUCAACCUCAACUCGACAGCCUUCUUCUUGUCGCAUUGCCACCGCGACCACAUGCACGGACUCAGCAGCACCGCCUUCAAGGCUCGACUGCGUGCUCGCCCAGACGCCAAGCUCUACGUGUCCGAAGUGUCCCUGCAACUGCUCCUCAACGAACCCAAGUACGCUUGGUUGAAACGGCACACGAUCGCGCUGCCCCUCGACUGCCCCAACACGGUGACCGUUCCGACGAACGGUGACGACCACGGACCCGACUACGAGCUCGUCGUCACCCCGAUCUCGGCGGAACACUGCGCUGGCUCGGUGAUGUUUCUUCUAGAAGGUGACUGCGGUCGCGUGUUGUACACGGGUGACUUUAGGCUCGCCGUCGGCGACUCCGAACGCUUGACCGCGCUUCAUGAACCGAGCGGAGCGGUGAAGAACAUACGCUGCGCGUACGUAGAUACGACGUUGUGCACACCCGAAGCCGCCUACGUCCCUAGCAGGGAAGACAGCGUGGCCGCUUUGAUAACCCUGUCUAAACCUACUCUCCUAGCCGGGGGUUUCCUAAGGCUUGCGUUGCCCGGCGCUCAGCUAGGGUACGAAGGUCUUUUUGCGGCCCUGUCGGCUCACUUCGAGAUGCGCGUGCAUGUUACGAGAUCGCAGAUGUCUCGCUACGCGGGCUUGACGGACGUUGAGGAGACGUUGACGACGGAUGGGCGCAGAACGCGGAUUCACGCCGGCUGUGGCUGCGAGUUGGGUUCGCCCUGCGUGACCGUCAAGCCGUCGGCUAUGUGGUUUGCUCACCGAGUUGGUCCUAGUGGCCUCGUGGAAAGGAUAGGGGAGGAUUGGUACCGGCUUUGCUACUCGACGCACGCGUCCCUGGCCGAGGUUAGGGACCUGGUAAAGCAUCUACAGCCGGAGAUGGUUUGUGCGAACGUUCGUUUGCCGGGGGUGGAUGUAGUCAGUUUGAUCUGGGCAGAAAAGAGGUCUGUCAAAGAGAGGAUGGAUCACGCAGCUGAGCUCGUGACGAACUGGACAAUGGAGCAGACAGUAGAAACAAGUGCGGAUGAGACAAUGGAUGGGAUGCUGAAACAGACAAUAAUUGGGGAGCCUAAGGGGUUGGUGGAGCAAGUAAUGGAUCCGAUACCAAGCCAUAGGAUUGGAUGGAUGGGAGUCCACAUAAUGAAGCAGACGACGGAACAAGGAAUGGAUCAGACGAUGAAGCAGGUGGUGAUUGAGACAGUGGAGCAGACAAGCCCAGUGGAUCAGAUGAUUAGGGGGACUGUGAAGAAUGAGGUGACAGAUGAAGCGGCGGGACUUGUUUGGAACUUCUGGGGCUCUGGCAGUGAGGGAGAUGAUGCAGAGGUUUGUUUGCCAGACCUGCAGUCUGCUCUGCAGACGUCUCAGAAGGAUGCUCUACGGCAGACAAUGGAUCAGCCUGUUAAUCAGGUGGUGGGACAGGCUUUAAGGCCGGCGUCAAGUUUAUUAACACAGCUACCGAAGGAAGAGAUGGCGAACCAAGUUGUGGAUCAUUUAACAAAACAAGUGGUUCAUCAGAUAACGACAUAUAAAGAUGGAAUGACUGAUCAAGGGACUAAGCUUGUGUGGAACUUUUGGGAAUCCGACAGCUCUGAUAGUAAUGAAAGUGAUCUAGACUGCUUCAUUGUGGAAUCUACGAGUCCUAUGUCGUCGAGUCGGAAAUAGUAAGAUGUAUUAUGUGCUAUGACCUUUAACAAAACUCGGAAGCACUGGAAAGGUACCAACCACCUUAGCCUUCUGUGAUAUGAUGCUGAAUUUAUUCUCAAGCUUCAUUGCAUUGCAGCGGACUUCUUUGAACUAUGAUCAAUGUUGUUUUGCACUGUGAUCAUUAUUUUGUGUUACAAAAAUGGAAUUGUUUUACAAUGUGAUUAUUAUGAAAAUAAUGGAAUUACUUUACAUGACGAUUGCUUGUCCAGAAACUGUUGCAAAACUCGACAUUUCGGCUGGCUUUAAAUUAAUAUUGCCAAUGUUGCGCAGUCUUAAUGCGAUCAAAGAUUAAUUUUUAUUUUAUUUGCACCUGCGCUAAGUCUGCCAGAAUACCUUUACGACAGCGUGCAGUGGCUGAAUAAAAAGAGGUCUUUCAUCGUUUGCCCUUGGCAUACAAA